AUGGACGCAAACGGUCUUUCUGAUCCCUACGUCAUCUGUCAGCUGCUACCAGUUUCUGGAUCAAAAAAUACGCGUCUUCGAACCAGAACGAUCCCUCAGUGCCUCAAUCCGGUAUGGAAUGAAACCCUCACCUUUGAAGAUGUUGAUGGCAAAAAUAUUCAAAACAAGGUGCUUCGGUAA